AACGCGCCACAUUUAAGAGAUCUGGUAACGAAAAGAGUCUGGGACUGAGCGAUAAAGAGGCUCUCGACAACGUGAUAUUUCUUUUGCCCUUCCUUUGCUACGAGGACUUACUGAGAAUGUCUGAACAGACAGAAAGAGCCUAUCAGAAGCAACGACCCAUCUUCCAGAAUAAGAAGAGGGUUGUUGGAAAAGUCACUAAAGCCAAAGAACAGAGAUUUCUAAGAAAUGUUGGCCUAGGUUUCAAAACGCCAAGAGAGGCAAUUGAAGGGACUUACAUUGACAAAAAAUGCCCUUUCACUGGUGAUGUCAGUAUAAGAGGACGUAUUCUGACUGGGAUUGUCCAAAGCAUGAAAAUGAAAAGAACACUUGUCAUGAGAAGGGACUAUUUGCACUACAUCAAAAAGUACAAUCGAUUUGAGAAGAGACACAAGAACUUGGCAGCUCACGUCUCACCUUGUUUCAGGGAUGUGCAGAUGGGUGACCUUGUGACUGUUGGCCAGUGUCGACCAUUGAGUAAAACUGUCCGAUUCAAUGUUCUGAAGGUCAGCAAGGUACUCAAAGGAAAGAAAAGCUUUGAAAAAUUUUAAUCCAUUUGUUGAUGUAUCCAAUCAAAUGUGGAAAUUA